GAGUUUUUUACGAGACUGAUCGGUAGUAAACGUGGCGGAAUGCAGAAUCAUUGGACGCGAAACGCGGAGUUCAAAAACGGAACUAGCAUGGGGGCACCUAGUACAUUGUUGCCUGCCAUCCACGCUAAAAAUUUGAUUGCAAUGGCGUCCCCCGAGUCUAGCAGCAGCAAAGCUGCCAAUGAGGUCCGUAGCGCGAAGGUUAUUAUCGUCGGGGCUGGCGUUUCUGGUUUAGCGACUGCGAACCGGCUCAUUGAACAUGGAUUCACCGACAUCACUAUUCUGGAGGCCAGAGAUAGGCCCGGUGGUCGCACAUAUUCGAAAUCACUCGGUGCAAGCUACAUCGAGAUUGGAGCCCAGUGGAUCCACGGACAAGAAGGCAACGCAAUCUACAACUUUGCCAAAGAACACGACCUGGUCGACGACAACGGCCCCAGUUACCUGGAAAACUUCUUCACGUGGCCGCAGCUGACGCCCGACGAGACAGCCGUCUUCGCCAAGCUGAACGCCGUCUUUCAGGAAGUUUUCGACCGAUGCGUCCAGCUCUUCGACGACUCGGCCAAGGGAAAGCCGCCCGCGGUUCUUCCGCGAUCCCUCGGACACUUCCUGAGGCACGGACUGCUCGACCACCUACGAGACAACCCUUGUCCGCCGGAGCAGAUGAAACUCGCGGAAGCAUGCUACGACUGGAACGCCCGCCUGCAGCAGGAAAUCCAAGGCUGCAGCUCGCUAACCGACGUCUCCGCCAUGCUGCUCGGAAUGUACCGCGAAUGCGAGGGCAACAUCGUGACCGCGCUAAAAAACGGCUACCGGGACGUCGUCGAGCUUCUGCUCAGGGAGCUCCCUUCGGGCUGCGUGCAGUACGAGAAGGUCGUUUCGGGGAUCGGCGUUUCGCUGGCCAACCUGUCGUCCGGUAACUUUCUUCCGGUACGCAAGACGUCGAGCCACCUGAAGACGUCGUUUGCCGCCGUUCCGCUCGGCAGCAACAGGCCCCGGGUCACGGUGACCUGCGAGGACGGGAGCACGUACCAGGCGGACCACGUCGUGGUGACUCUGCCGCUGGGAGUCCUCAAGGCCCUGGCUUCAACGCUGUUCGAUCCUCCGCUGCCGGAGAAGAAACUGCUGGCGAUACGAUCGCUCGGGUUCGGGACUGUCAACAAGGUGUUUCUCAAGUACGCGCAGCCAUUUUGGAACAAAUCGAUGGAAGUGUUUCAGGUGCUGUGGCUCGACGGCCUAAACCACUGCGGGAACAAACCUGAAGCGGAUGACAUGUCAGCAUGGGUGACACACAGUCAACUCAGCACUUCGUGGUUCCGAUACAUAGAUCGGUUCAACAGUCUGAAAAAUCACCCCGAUGUACUCUGUGCAUGGAUCACCAGCGAGGGUGCAAAAUUCAUGGAGACUCUCAGCGAGGACGAAGUCCUGAACGGCUGUCAUAACGUCUUGUGCCAAGUCUUGAAGAACCCAGAACUUCCAAAGCCAUGCUACAUUGAAAGGAGUACGUGGAAUGCCGACCCGUUUGCACGAGGUUCUUAUAGCUACAUCUCGGUGGCGUGUGAUGCCAAUGGAUCUCUUCCAAACGACUUGGCUGAACCCAUCUGCGAGUACAUCGUCCACUUCGACACAGAAGUUACGUACCCGGUGGUGCUCUUCGCUGGCGAGGCAACCCAUCCUCAUUUCUUCUCAACUGUCCAUGGUGCCUACGAAUCGGGCAUUCGUGAGGCUGACCGCCUAGCUGACUUCUACUUCAAGGCCUGCAGCAGUCAAGAACCAACAUGCAGUGUUGCAGACGAGCUGGAGGGCAUGUUUCCCCGCAAAGAGCUGGCACCCUCCAACAGCAGUAAUCCCCGGGUAGUGAUUGUGGGCGCAGGGGCGGCGGGACUCUCGGCCGCCUACAAGCUCAUGCUCAAGGGCCACACAAACUUUGUCAUCCUCGAGGCCCAGAAUAAUGCGGGAGGACGCAUCCAGUCGUAUUAUUAUGAGGACAAAGUCCUCGAGCUGGGCGCCCAAUGGGUGCACGGUGAGGAAGGCAACCUCCUCUACGGCUUUGCAAUGUCCAACGGACUCCUAGCCGACCCUCGUAGGCAGUCUUCCCCCGAAGGGCGGGGUCACUUCUGCACCGACCAGGGCACGCGGCUGCCCAAAGAGGCGGUGGACGAAGUUGUGGCAGUGCUGGACGAGAUCAAGGAAGAACUGUGCGGCAAGCGGACACGGCACACGCAUACCAAGACUGCAGAGCCAUUGGCCCUGCACGAGUUGCCAACCUCGGUGGGAGAGUACAUGCGAUCGCGCUUUCACGAGUACCUCCUUCAGCACGGUGAACGCGAGGACAUGACUAAAGUUAAGUGGGCUAUUUACGACUGGUACUGGCGAUUUGAAGUCAUUGACAAUUCGUGUUACAGCCUGGACGAACUCUCGUGUAAGAGCUACGAGGAGUUUGAGGAUUGUCCAGGUAUACGUAACAUCAACUUCAAGAACGGCUUCUCGAGCAUAGUGAAGACGCUGCUGAGCGAAAUUCCAGAAUCGAACGUACGCUACGGCAAACCAGUGAAGCGAGUGCACUGGGAUGCGGUCCAGACACACGUCAGGCAGACAAAGACGCCCCGCUCGUCCAUCAGCAACUCGCAGGAGACCAUUCGCGAGAACGUUCCGUACGUCGAGUGCGAAGACGGAGAGAUCAUUCUGUGUCGUCACGUGCUGCUGACGGUGUCCGCGGGCUACCUCAAGCACCACGUCGACGACCUCUUUCAGCCUCGCCUGCCCGAGAAGAAGAGGCAGGCGUUGAGGGGUAUCGGCUUUGGCACAAUCAACAAGAUUUAUCUCAUUUUUGUGGAACCCUUCUGGAAUCCCGGUGACGAGGGCUUCCAGCUGAUUUGGUUAGAUGACAAGUUGAACGAGGAGGACUGGUGGCUACGAGGGAUAUCCGGCUUCGAUCCAGUCUACGGGAACCCCAACGCACUGGUGGCGUGGAUUGGUGGCCGUGCGUCGGAGUACAUGGAGACAUUAAGCAACGAAACGGUGUCGGACGCUUGUACACGUGCACUGCGCAUGUUUCUUUCGAGGGAUAUUCCCCAGCCCAAGGCAGUGGUAAGGUCUUUCUGGAACAGCAACCCGUACAUUCUGGGUAGUUACAGCAACAGACAGUUACCGUACGAAGCAUCGGAGACACUCCUCGAAACGUUCUACGAGCCGUUGCUACUGGAUGUGCCACUUCACAGGGCUGCCAGAGUUGAGUGGCCAUUAGUUCUGUUCGCUGGGGAGGCCACCGACAAGGACUUCUAUUCAACUGUUCACGGUGCCAUGCGGUCAGGAUUCCGGGAAGCCGACCGACUAAUCAACUUCUGGAGAAAACGAGACGAGAUCAUCAGAGAAUCCUCGGCACAGGCUGCUCAACGGCCCACUUGAAAUCUCUGACUCCACGUGGAAGAUUCGCUUCUCCGGCUAGUCCUGCUCCAGUUUUUUUUUUUUUAAUAGUCAUUACUAAUACAUAUAUUACUGCUGCAACUGUGAUAUUUCUACAAGCUCAAAGUUCCAGUGUAGUUAGCAUAAUAUAUACGUAUGGCUCUCGAUUGUGCCAGUCCCCUUCAAAUUGAUUUAUCGAGAGUGAUACUUGUACAACCGAUUUACAUUCUAUCAAUGGAGUGAAUGGCGAUGACAAAUAAAUCCUAAGUUACCAU